GGGUACCAGAAGAUGCUUCAGUGGUGAUACCUCUUUCACAAUGCAAGUUAUGAAUGAAAUUCACUAACUAACAUCCCCUUCCUCACCCUGAUCUCUGAUAGACUUCCUGUAACACUGGGAAGAAAGGGUCAGGGGAGAAGGGUUCAAGGUCACCAUGAAGCUGAAGCAGCGAGUUGUGCUGUUGGCCAUCCUCCUUGUCAUCUUCAUUUUCACAAAAGUGUUCCUCAUUGACAAUUUGGACACCUCAGCUGCCAACCGGGAGGACCAGCGCGCCUUUCACCGUAUGAUGGCAAGCCUCCAUGUAGAACUGGACCCCCGGCUUGACCAUACCUUGCAGUCCCCUUGGGAGAUUGCAGCCCAAUGGGUGGUGCCCCGCGAGGUGUAUCCUGAGGAGACGCCCGAGCUAGGGGCUGUUAUGCAUGCCAUGACAACAAAAAAAAUAAUAAAAGCUGAUGUGGGAUACAAAGGCACCCAGCUGAAAGCUUUGCUAAUACUUGAAGGAGGACAGAAGGUUGUCUUCAAACCCAAGAGAUAUGCCAGGGAUUAUGUAGUGGAAGGAGAACCAUACGCUGGCUAUGACAGACACAACGCGGAAGUGGCAGCCUUUCACUUGGAUAGAAUUCUGGGUUUCCGACGAGCUCCACUGGUGGUUGGCAGGUUUGUGAACCUACGUACAGAGAUUAAACCAGUAGCCACAGAGCAGCUUCUAGGUACUUUCAUGACUGUGGGUAAUAACACUUGCUUCUAUGGGAAGUGCUACUAUUGUCGGGAAACAGAACCAGCUUGUGCAGACGGGGACAUCAUGGAGGGGUCAGUGACUCUAUGGCUACCAGAUGUCUGGCCUCUUCAGAAGCAUCGACACCCAUGGGGUAGGACUUACCGUGAAGGCAAACUUGCCAGGUGGGAGUAUGAUGAAAGCUACUGUGAUGCUGUGAAGAAGACUUCACCGUAUGACUCUGGCCCUCGUCUUCUUGAUAUCAUUGACACUGCCAUCUUUGACUAUUUGAUUGGGAAUGCUGACCGGCAUCACUAUGAGAGUUUCCAGGAUGAUGAAGGAGCCAGUAUGCUCAUCCUCCUGGAUAAUGCCAAAAGCUUUGGAAACCCUGCUCUGGAUGAAAGAAGCAUCUUGGCUCCUCUUUAUCAGUGUUGCAUCAUCCGGGUUUCUACCUGGAACAGACUCAGUUACCUGAAGAAUGGAGUUCUGAAGUCUGCCUUAAAAACUGCAAUGUCGCAUGACCCCAUCUCACCAGUGCUUUCUGACCCUCAUCUGGAUGCCCUAGACCAGCGGCUUCUCAGCAUCCUGGCUACAGUGAAGCAAUGCACAGACCAGUUUGGGCCAGAUGUUGUGCUGGUGGAAGACAGGAUGACUCUGUCUCAUUUGUAAUUGUAGUGGAACACAGGUGAAACUCCUUUUUUAAAAACAAACAAACAAGUGAUAGAAAAACAGCACAAUCAGUUCGGAAUGGCUGUGGCCAAGAUGGACUGAAAUGAACAGGAAAGCUUUCAAGCCAGAAGAGCAGAGGUGACACUGGCUUUUACCUUGGGCUGACAGCAGUGAGAGGUGGGAAGUUGGAGCCUAGGACGGCUCAGUACCCGUAAUGGCAUCUUGGCCGUUGUGGUGUGUCCAUUGCCGGCAGUGGACAUUGCACUGGAUAAAAAUGGCUCUUGGUGUUGUUGGAAGUGUGUGGAAUACAGACGCUAAAUUUUGUGGACUGAAUCUAGAGGGGACAAAUGGAGAUGAACAGUAUGAUCCUCUCCCCUUCUCUUCCCCACAUAUACUCUUGCGAGUUUUUGUCUGAUUCAGGGUUGUACAUAAUCAGCUGUGAGCUGGUUAGGCAUUUUACUGCUUCUUUAGAGAAAGAGGAAGUGGUGAAUAAAAUAAUUAUUAGACUGAAGAAUUGUGCCACCCCCCCGGGGGUGGGAUGUUCUUCUGAAUGCCAUUAGGGGUGGGAGAGGGGACCUCUGCUGCUCGGUUGUCUUUUCCUCGAUAAAAGGCUGAGAAAGGGUUUUGCCUCAUAUGUGAUAAUGCUUCAGUGUUUUUGCUGAAGUCCUAUCAAAGAUUUAUCCACAGAGUUGGAGAUUUAGGGGAGGACAGGGUGGUUAUACAGCACUUGGUAAUUAAGGGAUUAAAGUAAGUUUCCAUGUGUCCUGUCACUGUUUUCCGUUUACAAGGAAUCUGGCAAGAUCUGAGUGCAGAAAAUAUCCUUGCAGUCCUGUGUCCAUAUUAACCGAAUUUUUAUUAUAUUGUAGCUGAGGAGGAGGACAGACUGUCCCUGGAAUCAGGUUCUGGUUUGCGAGCUCAUGCUGCUUACUGUGUGCCCUGUUUAAUGUGGGAACCUGGCUGUGCUGCACUGGGGAAAGAGAGGCGUUUAUCACUGGACUUCCCAGUUACCAACAGCUGUGGGCAAAGCCCUGGAGUGGAGCAAGCCCUGAGCUGUGGUCUGUCAUCUUCAUUUCACAUGGAGAGAGCUUCCUGCUGCUCGAUGCUGUAACCACAGCUCAGUGCUGCUGUUUUGUGGAACAUCAGCAGCUUUUCAGUCCCACUGUUUACCUGGCCUGGCUUGUGGCUGAGCUGUAAGCACUCCCAGUAAGUUUUCUGCCUUCCCCAUCUGCUUCCUGCAACACCCACUGCGAUGUUCUGACUGGGGUGGUCAUCCUGGGGUCCUUGCUCCUAAUGGUUUUGCCGUAGAUAGGGGACAGUUAGUAUAAGUUGGCUUUUCAGGACAGACUUGUAGCACUCACGUUGUGCUAGUCCUGUCAUCCUUCAGCACUGCGUCAACCUGCACUGCGGAUAAGCUUGUGGCCAUAAAACUUGUCACGCUUGUGGUAGGUCUGAAUCUGUGUCUCCAGAAAGGAAGCAGCUUCAUCAUUAUGUUUCCAAAUUUAACAGCUUUGCAUUGAUUUCCAGUUCAGACAGUAUUGUCCUUAGAAGUAAGGAAAGAGCUCACUUCCCAAAGUGCUUAUGUAUUAUUGAACUUGUGAGCAGGAGCAGCAAAAUGUCAGUUUAAGAUCUUUUCCUUGAUUUGUCAGAACCUUUCUAGCUCUGCAGAGUGUGGUGGGCAGGUAAAAAGCUCUUUCCUGCAUGCUCCUGCUGCCAUACCUGAUCAAAGAGGUGUUAGCAAGAGAGUUUUAUUUUUAAAAUGCAGUUUUAUUUUGUUGAAGUCUUUUUGUCAUUGCAUGAGCAGAGUAUCUUGAAAGUAGAAUGCAAUUGUUUACCUGAAAUUGAAUUUUAUGCUGUUCUAGAUCUCUUCUGGACUUGGCCACAUCACAGACCCACCCCACAGUCAGGAUGGGAUCUGGAGUUAUUGGUGUUACUAGUCAGGGCUGUAAUGCACAGCCAGCUUUUAGGACAUCGGUGUUAAGCUAGUGCCUAUUUAUUGCUGGACUUGAUAACAUAACACGUGCUUUAGAAGCCAUGGUCCUUUAGUGAGUUGAACCCCCUGGCGUGGCUUGUGCCUUGUGGGUUCCCUUAGGGCAGAAGUGAGUACGCUGAGCUGGCCGGUCGCGGGGCUGGCAGUCAGGUUUCCGUGGUUGAGUAAGACGUUUUUAAGAAGCGCUGUGAGCCAGCAGUUAGGUGGUUAGGAAAGGCUUUGUUCCAAAGCAGAAUAGGUUUGGUACUGAGGCAUUUUUGCCUAAACUGUUUCCCAGGAAAUUGAAGAUGAUUUAUACAAAGGGGAGACGGUGAAGCACAUGGUAAUGGCUUGGAGUGUUUUUAAGUGUGUUCUUCUCUUUGAGCUUAAUCAUGAGCACUUAAUAUUUUGGGAAGGAUCUACCAAAAUUUGAUGUUUUGAUUUCAGUGUGAUCACUCUUGAUCAUUUGCAUUUGAUUUAAUAAUGAAUUAAAAAAAAAGUAUUUCAGUCUUUAUGAAUAUGAAUUAGUGUUCAGGACUUACAUAUUGCUUGUUCACAGGGCUCUAAGCUGAAGCUUUAUGCCAUCAGAUAGAACCUGGGGUAAGUGUUCCCCUGGUAUGAGUAUCAAAGAUUUAAAGCAGUGUAUUGGAUUACCUGUGAACAAAGGACAUCAAGUCUGACAUCAUCAGUAGAAGGAAGCAAGAAAGAGCUGUGCUUUUUGCUUUUUUUUUUGUUUGGUUUUUUUUUUGUUAUAUUGAUGUUUCUGGUCACUGUAGUCACCACUGGAGGUUGGUGUUCUGCAGCAAGAAAGAAGGAUAAAUUCCUCUCUCACCCAAAAUCAGGAAGAUGUGAUUUUGGCCUUGUGAUAAUCUCUGGCAUUUUGGCAGUGAUUGUUGUUUUUCUUGAAUAAAGACACCUGAGGAAUUUUAAAUUGUAACCAUUGGAAAGGAAAUAAGAAGCAGCACCCACAUGCAAACAGGGUCUGCUUGAAUCUCUGAAAAGUAGCGUCGUUUGUGAGGCAGGUGCUAUGCUCUGUCGAUGAGGUUUUCAUAACACCUUCUAAUUCUUGUUCACUGCGCACACUGUAAUUUGCUGGCUUCCAGAUGUUACAAAAUGGUUGUGUUGCGGAUAUUAGUAAUAUCAGAGUGCUUGAAGCACAGAAAUCAAGAACUAAUUAGAAAGAGAGCAUCAUCAGCCAUCUGCUAUUUAUCUCCUCCUUCGUAAGUCAGCAGCCGGGCUGGAGGAGACAUUGAAGUCGACUCCUCUUCCAGCAGCUAAUGAACUGGAGUGCGUCUUGCCAAACAAACUUCAACUGAAAAAUACUAAUUUAUUAAGAAGGUAAUUUAUUUGCUGCGGCAGCUGGAGCAAGAUGCUCGAAACAGACAGCCUUCUUGGAGCUGUCAGAGGAUUGCCCCAGGGAGCAGCUGCACAAAUGGAGGUUGCUAAUAAGAAAACAGAAUGCAAUCAUGACUUUCUACUUGUAUCCCCCAGGGUCAGAUUCUGCAUAAAGCAACAUUGUGUGAAUAAAGAUUUUAAUAAAGCAACAUUGAUGGAUUG